AUGUCCGCCGUCCAGCCAGUCAACCCAAAGCCAUUCCUGAACAGUCUCACCGGCAAGAACGUCGUGUGCAAGCUCAAGUGGGGAAUGGAGUACAAAGGAAUUCUCGUCGCCGUCGACUCGUACAUGAACCUGCAGCUCGCCAACGCCGAGGAGUACAUCGACGGAAACAACACGGGAAAUCUCGGAGAGAUUCUCAUCAGAUGCAACAACGUGCUCUACGUCGGCGGUCAGGACGGAGAAACCGGAGAGACGAGUGCCUAA